GUGUGAUCUUGGGCCGCUCAGUGCUCUGUAGCCCCUAAAACCCAGCCGGGUGGCUCAAAGGAAAGCACCCCACGCUUCGAGAAACGCCGCAGUUUUGAGCGGGAUGCAGGUUGGGAGCACCCCGAUGGACACAUGAGUAAACUGAGAGCAAGAAAAGUUAAUUCGCUGCCCUAAGUUAGGUAGUGAGAGGUAGAGCUGGGACACAAAGCGCACCCAGAACUCUCCUUGCACGCCCAGACCGGCGGCCCCACAUGCCGCGGGUCUAAGGUCGCGCUAGCAGAGGCCUGGCACAACCGCCAGACUCCUGAUCCCGAGAUCCGCGCUCCGGACCUCCCGAGGGCCCCUCCCUGGGCGUGGCUCAAAACGCGGCGCGGCGGAAUCCGCGGAGUGGGAUAAAAAGCACGGCCUCCGGCUGCGAGCAUGCGCGUUAGCUCGGCCCUGCAGGGCCGCGCUCGGCGCCGGGGGAGGGUCACCCGAGGCGGACGUCCGCUACGCAGGCGUCUGCGCCCCGUGGGGAGGAGGGCGAAGACUCCAUCCGCCAUGUUGGAUGCCGCAGAUUCGCCAUAACCUCGCCGGCUCUUUUCUUAAAAAAAUAAAAAUAAAAAGCGAAGCGUCAGCAGGGCGCCCCGCCCCCUCGGCCGGCACGGGAGGGGGCCCAGAAGAGCCCGAGGCUUUUUUUUCCUCCGCGGUGGGGGCGUUGCCAUGGAGACGCGGGCGGCCGAAAACACGGCCAUCUUUAUGUGUAAAUGUUGUAACCUUUUCUCACCAAAUCAGUCGGAACUCCUCUCCCACGUUUCAGAGAAGCACAUGGAAGAAGGGGUUAAUGUUGAUGAGAUUAUUAUUCCCCUUAGGCCUCUGAGUACACCUGAACCCCCCAACUCAAGCAAAACCGGAGAUGAGUUUUUGGUCAUGAAGAGAAAGAGAGGCAGGCCUAAGGGGUCCACGAAGAAGUCCAGCACAGAAGAGGAGCUGGCAGAAAACAUUGUGAGUCCGACUGAGGACAGCCCGCUGGCUCCGGAGGAAGGGAACAGCCUGCCUCCAAGCAGCUUGGAGUGUAGCAAGUGCUGUCGGAAGUUCUCCAACACGCGCCAGCUGCGGAAGCACAUCUGCAUUAUCGUGCUGAAUUUGGGUGAGGAGGAAGGAGAAGCAGGUAACGAGUCUGACCUUGAACUAGAAAAGAAGUGUAAGGAAGAUGAUCGGGAAAAAGCCUCGAAAAGACCACGGUCACAGAAAACAGAGAAAGUCCAGAAGAUCUCAGGAAAGGAGGCCGGACAGCUUUCUGGGGCGAAGAAACCCAUCAUAAGUGUGGUUUUAACUGCACACGAAGCAAUUCCAGGUGCUACCAAGAUUGUACCAGUGGAGGCUGGGCCCCCUGAAACAGGAGCUACAAAUUCUGAGACCACUUCAGCAGACCUGGUGCCUCGGAGAGGCUACCAGGAAUACGCCAUUCAGCAGACACCUUAUGAGCAACCAAUGAAGUCAAGCAGGCUAGGUCCCACUCAGCUCAAAAUCUUCACUUGUGAAUACUGCAACAAGGUCUUCAAGUUCAAGCACUCGCUGCAGGCCCACCUGAGGAUCCACACCAAUGAAAAGCCAUACAAGUGUCCCCAGUGCAGCUAUGCCAGUGCCAUCAAGGCCAACCUCAACGUGCACCUGCGCAAGCACACUGGAGAGAAGUUCGCCUGCGACUAUUGCUCGUUUACCUGCCUGAGCAAGGGCCACCUCAAGGUGCACAUCGAGCGAGUGCACAAGAAGAUCAAGCAGCACUGCCGCUUCUGCAAGAAGAAGUACUCUGACGUCAAGAACCUCAUCAAGCACAUCCGAGACGCGCAUGACCCACAGGACAAGAAGGUCAAAGAGGCCUUGGACGAGCUCUGCCUGAUGACGAGGGAGGGCAAGCGGCAGCUGCUCUAUGACUGCCACAUCUGUGAGCGCAAGUUCAAGAACGAGCUGGACCGCGACCGCCAUAUGCUGGUGCACGGAGACAAGUGGCCUUUUGCCUGUGAGCUCUGUGGCCAUGGGGCCACCAAGUACCAGGCGCUGGAGCUGCAUGUCAGGAAGCACCCCUUCGUGUACGUCUGUGCCGUCUGCCGCAAGAAGUUUGUCAGCUCCAUCAGGCUGCGCUCCCACAUCAAAGAGGUGCACGAGGCUGCCCAGGAGGCCUUGGUCUUCACCAGUUCCAUCAACCAGAGCUUCUGUCUCCUUGAGCCUGGUGGGGACAUCCAGCAAGAAGCUCUGGGGGACCAGCUACAGCUGGUGGAAGAGGAGUUUGCCCUCCAGGGUGUGAAUGCACUCAAGGAAGAGGCCUGUCCUGGGGAUACUCAGCUGGAGGAGGGCCGGAAGGAGCCAGAGGCCCCUGGGGAAAUGCCUGCCCCAGCUGUGCACCUGGCUUCCCCAGCUGUGCACCUGGCUUCCCCGCAGGCCGAAAGCACAGCCCUGCCGCCCUGUGAGCUGGAAACCACCGUGGUCUCCUCCUCAGACCUGCAUUCUCAAGAGGUGGUUUCAGAUGAUUUUUUGUUGAAAAAUGAUAGCUCCUCCGCGGAGGCUCAUGCUGCUCCUGAGAAGCCCCCAGACAUGCAGCACAGAAGCUCAGUCCAAACACAAGGUGAAGUGAUCACACUACUGCUGUCCAAGGCCCAGAGUGCUGGGUCAGAUCAGGAAAGCCAGGUCGCCCAGAGCCCCCCAGGGGAAGGGCAGAACAUGGCUGCGCUUUCAGCUGGCGACCCAGAUCCCAGCAAGUGUCUCAGGUCAAACCCAGCUGAGGCCUUAGACCUCCUCCCUCCAGUAGCUGGUGGUGGGGACACCAUCACACAUCAGCCUGACUCUUGCAAAGCGGCCCCUGAGCACCGGUCAGGCAUCACCGCAUUCAUGAAGGUCCUGAACAGUUUACAGAAGAAGCAAAUGAACACCAGCUUGUGUGAGCGGAUCCGGAAGGUUUAUGGAGACCUGGAGUGUGAAUACUGUGGCAAACUUUUUUGGUACCAAGUGCAUUUUGAUAUGCAUGUCCGCACCCACACCCGGGAACAUCUGUAUUAUUGCUCUCAGUGUCAUUAUUCUUCCAUCACCAAAAACUGCCUUAAACGCCAUGUAAUUCAGAAACACAGUAACAUCUUGCUGAAGUGUCCCACCGACGGCUGUGACUACUCGACUCCAGAUAAAUAUAAGCUACAGGCACAUCUUAAAGUUCACACAGCGCUGGACAAAAGGAGUUAUUCUUGUCCUGUUUGUGAAAAGUCUUUUUCAGAGGAUCGAUUGAUAAAGUCACAUAUCAAGACCAACCAUCCUGAGGUCUCCAUGAGCACCAUUUCUGAGGUUCUCGGGAGGAGGGUUCAGCUGAAAGGGCUAAUUGGAAAGAGAGCCAUGAAAUGCCCAUAUUGUGACUUUUAUUUCAUGAAGAAUGGCUCAGACCUUCAGCGUCAUAUUUGGGCCCAUGAAGGUGUGAAGCCCUUCAAGUGUUCUUUGUGUGAGUAUGCAACCCGUAGCAAGAGUAACCUCAAGGCUCAUAUGAAUCGUCACAGCACUGAGAAAACCCACCUAUGUGACAUGUGUGGCAAGAAAUUCAAAUCAAAAGGGACACUGAAAAGUCACAAACUCCUUCACACUGCAGAUGGGAAGCAGUUUAAGUGCACGGUGUGUGACUACACAGCGGCCCAGAAGCCACAGCUGCUGCGGCACAUGGAACAGCAUGUCUCCUUCAAGCCUUUCCGCUGUGCCCAUUGCCAUUACUCCUGCAACAUAUCUGGUUCUCUGAAGCGGCACUACAACAGGAAGCACCCCAAUGAGGAGUAUGCCAACGUGGGCACCGGGGAGCUAGCGGCGGAGGUGCUCAUCCAGCAAGGUGGUUUGAAGUGUCCUGUUUGCAGCUUUGUAUAUGGCACCAAAUGGGAGUUCAAUAGGCACUUGAAGAACAAACAUGGCUUGAAGGUGGUGGAAAUUGAUGGAGACCCCAAGUGGGAGACAGCAACAGAAGCUCCUGAGGAGCCCUCCACCCAGUAUCUCCACAUCACAGAGGCCGAAGAAGAUGUUCAAGGGACACAGGCAGCGGUGGCCGCGCUCCAGGACCUGAGAUACACCUCUGAGAGUGGCGACCGACUGGACCCCACGGCCGUGAACAUCCUGCAGCAGAUCAUUGAGCUGGGCGCCGAGACCCACGACGCCACUGCCCUUGCCUCGGUGGUUGCCAUGGCACCCGGGACGGUGACUGUGGUUAAGCAGGUCACCGAGGAGGAGCCCAGCUCCAACCACACGGUCAUGAUCCAGGAGACGGUCCAGCAAGCGUCCGUGGAGCUUGCCGAGCAGCACCACCUGGUGGUGUCCUCCGACGACGUGGAGGGCAUUGAGACGGUGACUGUCUACACGCAGGGCGGGGAGGCCUCGGAGUUCAUCGUCUAUGUGCAGGAGGCCAUGCAGCCUGUGGAGGAGCAGGCUGUGGAGCAGCCGGCCCAGGAACUCUAGAGGACAUGUGGCAUCGGAUGGCCACAGGGCGGGGCCACCAGGCUCUGCAGGCACCCAGGGUGGGGAGGCCACCCGUCCUGCCCUACCCACAGAAUGGUGCUCUCCUUUGCCCUCCCUGCCCAGCAGCCUGAUGGGACUCUUCUAGUCCAACUUGGGGUGGGCAAGGCAGUCAGCAUCACCAGCAACACCACAGGACCCUGUCCCCAGCAUAGACACACCCCCCCUGACCCUUACCAUCUGUUUCCUGAAAGACUUUAGCAUCAGCUCCCCUACACAUACCCCACACCUUCACCCCUUGCAUCAGGAUUCAAACAGAGACUCCCAGUCCCCCUCAGCAUCUUCCCUGAAUCACAGCCCCAGCUUCUUGACCCCCAUCUAGGUGCCAAAUGUUCAUCUGCAACCGCUAUGCAGUCUGGUGAGAGGGAGACAGCCAUCACAUAGAAAGUGACCUUAUGGGUUUUUAAUCACUGCUGGGUGGGGUGGGGGUAAGGGGAUUGUCCUGGCUUUGUCGACGAAGUCCCACUUCCCCGAGUAUUGAGGGCCCUUGGUAUCAAGUGAGGUAAAUUCACCCGUCACAGGGUCUCGCCCUACCAUCCUGGAAUUAUUUCACUUUUAAGAUAAAUGCACUAUUUCACUGUUCGCUUCCCAUUCUAAGGAGGUGAGGUGGAUGGAAUAAAAACAGUUCCUGUCUGAA